GUCGUUUGUUAGUUUCUGGCUGCAACUAAUUCACUGGGCUCUCCUCUCUUCUCCAUCACAGAAAAUGGCUCUGCAGUCAGCCGUACUCUCUCCUCACUCCGCCGGCGCAUCCAAAUCCCUACCAUGCGCCGCCAAGUACCCGAUCAUUUGCUCCUCCUCUUCUACUGCCAGUUCGAGCUCCAGCAGAAGCUGCUUCCUUUCGCAGAGGAAGAGUGCGGCGGUGGAAAUUGGAUUGAGUAAGAAGAAGAGGGGUUCCUGGAAGUGUACGGUGAGGUCGAACUUGGACACUGUCGGUCCCACUGUGAAUGUGGGCCAAGUCACGGAGGUCGACAAGGACACCUUCUGGCCCAUCGUCAAGGCAGCCGGCGACAAGACCGUCGUCCUUGAUAUGUAUACCCAAUGGUGCGGUCCUUGCAAAGUGAUGGCUCCAAAAUUUCAAGACUUGUCCAAGGAGUACCUUGAUGUCGUAUUUUUAAAGCUUGACUGUAACCAAGAAAAUAAGCAGCCAUUGGCGAAGGAGCUUGGGAUAAGGGUGGUGCCAACUUUCAAGAUCUUGAAGGACAACAAGGUUGUAAAAGAAGUGACGGGGGCCAAAUUUGAUGAUUUAGUUGUUGCUAUAGACGCUGUUAGAUCGAGCUAAAACCCCUUAGAUUUUCUCCAUGACCUGUUUAUAACGUAAAUAAAAACAUCCGCCGGCCUGAUUAUUCUACUUGUAUGUAUCCAUGUGACGUUUUCUUUGAAAUUGCAGUGGAAAUUUGAAUGAAGAAAUGUAAGCAGGUCCAUAAUGUGCCUUCUUAGAAAUA